CAAGGAAUGAUAGUCGAGCGCAGAUAAGAACAGAGGUUAGAUGGAACAUGGCUCUCUCCAGAGGUUUGAGAUGCUGUCAAAGGGUUUUCUCUUGGAUACCUGUGCUUAUAAUCACCUCGGUGGUGCUGUGGUCAUACUACGCCUACGUAUUUGAGCUAUGUAUAUUCACAAUCACCAAUACAUUAGAAAAAGUGGCCUAUCUACUGGUAUUUCAUGUCUGCUUUGUGAUGUUCUCCUGGACUUACUGGAAGUCUAUUUUUACCCCUCCUGCAACACCAUGCAAAAAGUUUCAGCUGUCAUACUCAGACAAACAAAGGUACGAGUUCGAAGAAAGGCCAGAUGCUCAGAAGCAGAUCCUGGUUGAGAUCGCAAAGAAACUGCCCAUUUUCAGUCGAGCACAAUCUGGAGCUAUCAGGUUCUGCGACCGCUGCCAGGUACUGAAGCCUGACCGCUGUCACCACUGCUCGGUUUGUGAAACCUGCGUCUUGAAGAUGGACCAUCACUGUCCGUGGGUGAACAACUGCGUGGGCUUUUCAAACUACAAGUUCUUCCUCCUUUUUCUCUCUUACUCCAUGAUGUACUGUGUGUUCAUUGCAGCAACAGUAUUUCAGUAUUUCCUCAAAUUCUGGGAAGGGGAGUUGCCAAAUGGGCCUGCAAAGUUCCAUGUCCUCUUCCUCAUGUUUGUGGCACUCAUGUUCUUCGUCAGUCUCAUGUUCCUCUUUGGCUACCACUGUUGGUUGGUGGCAAAGAACCGAUCCACUUUAGAGGCCUUCUCAGCUCCAGUUUUUGUCGGUGGACCAGAAAGAAAUGGCUUCAAUGUUGGCAUACGCAGAAACUUGCAGCAGGUAUUCGGAGAGGAUCGGAGACUGUGGUUCAUUCCUGUCUUCACAAGCCAAGGGAAUGGUCACUACUUCCCCUUGAAGAAUCGCAGUUCUGAGUCCCACAACCCUUUACUAGCAAACGAGGACAUGUGGGAGGAGUCUGAGGACGGCUCUGAGGAGGGAAGCCUGGUUGAGGACCAGGACCCCUCUGUUACCAUAGAGAUGGAGGAGUAGGAAGUUCAUGUUUAGGACCACUUUAAUUGGUGCAGAGGGUGUAUAUUAAAUCAAACACACUGUGUACCACGAGGCACAUGCAUUCCAAAUAAUGCGGAUGUUCAUCUGAAAAAUACAAACUGAGCGGGGGCCAAAGGUGUGGAUUAAAACCUGUAUUUGUAUUAUCAUUGCCACUCCACGCCUGGUGCUUUACAUAACAGUAACCAGUAGUAUCAUUUAUCCUCUCCAGGAAGACAGUGUCUGUUUGAUUUAGGAGAAAAAAAAACAACUUUGCAAUAUUACCUCGGAAAAAAAGGCAACUGUUGUUUAACAUGGACUGGAUUUGUCCCUCUGAGUAUUCAUCCCAAGGCACUGGCCUCUGUCCGUUUUUGAACCGUGUUAAUUGAAGCCUCGUCUGGCUCUGUACCAUUACUGUAUAUAUUCUGUUUCAGAGCUGGGUUGUGAGUUUGAAGUGUUGCACCUUAGAGCUCAGUCUGUGGAGGGCUGCAUCAAAACCUCACACCCUUAAUGCUCCAGGGGGUCUCUUUUAUCGACUCAGAAGUCUGGCCUGCACUGGGUUUGGCUCUUGCAGAAUAUUUAACAUGAGAUUUUACUUUACUUUUAUUCAUCAAACAGAUUAUCCAGCUUUUCCUGCGCCUUAUAAAUAUAUUUAUUCUUGAGUUUGGGAGUUAUUUCUCCUGAGAAUGUAUUCUGCAUCCUGCUUGUGAGUACAUUGUGCCAUCAUACAUGGCACCUAUUUAUCUAAGAACCUCUCACACUUUGCUUUAGCAGUCAUUAAUAACGAGUUUAAAUGCCAUAACCAUUAUCUUGCAAGACAGGUGACAGGAAAUGAACAAUAUGUUUGUGCAUACAUGCCUGAAUGUCAGCCAGAGUAUAUUGUACAUGCAAAAAAGGAAGAAGCUGGGGUUGGCAACUUUUAAAAAAAGCAGACAGGUAUCAAAUGGGAAGAAUGCAUGUGCUUGUGCAGGGUGAGUCCACCAGAGGUGUUGUGAAGAGGAGCGAAGAUCAUCGUUCAACAUGUCCAAACACCUUAUCUUCUUGUGCAACUACCUAGCUUACUAGCUUUGUGAGGACACUGACAUGUGCUCCAAGGCAGGUAGAUACAGAGACAGACAGGUAGAAUAUCCGGCUGCUUUGUUUCUGUUAACACAGGAUGGAUUUUUGUUUCCUGUCUUGCAACAACCACAGAUGCAGGAUAAUUUCCUAUUUUUUUUGUCUGAGUAUUUAUUCAACAGAUUAUAUGAAAACAAAUUGCCUACCCUUGCUUUAAAUAACAUUUUAGUCAUAUCCUGAAUAUAUAGAAUAUCAUUAAUAAAAUGCUUUUUGCUGUAUUGUUACAUUUUUUAAAUGCAGUAAUAACCUAAAAGAAAUUUUAUGGUCUGGGAUGCUGUGCGAGACAUACUGUGAUAUUUUUAAAAAAAUACCCAUACAAUCGCUUUUCCAAAAAUAUUCCUCAUCCUCAGCACAUUUACACUUUUGUGUGGAUGUAAAGUAAAAGGAAAUGAUGUAGAUCAGCUUUCUUUUUAGAGAGGACAUAGUCUUCUUAGUCUGUUUCCUUUUCAGAUCUUUUUAAAUACUGUACAUAUAUUUAAUCUGAUCUUCAUCCACUGGUUGGUAUGGAUCAGCUAUCCUUUGCAAAAUACUCUAAAUGUUUUCUACUGGUGUUUCUGUUUUUUGAGAUUUUUCAUUUGGGUUAUGGACUUGUGUAUAUAGCCAGUGUACAUGUAAGUACACCUUGUUAUUCAGUACGAGUCAAAAGUUGGGCCUUCAAGCAUCAAAUCUUGAUGCUGUUUAAUCUUGACGCUUUUAACUUGCUUCCUCAGAUCUGUUUUCUACUGUGUUGGGUAAGCCAAAUCAAAUGCUGCUCAUGCCUGAGAAAUACUUAACAUACAUAUGUCACUUAUUGAUUAAACCCAUGUGUCGUUUUUAUCCGAGGUAUGAGUCCAUGUUUGAAAGCAUGUAUAAAUGUUAGGAAAUAUGUGGGUUUUGAGUGUCUCUUGUAGUCUUGUGUCUAUUUAUUGUUGCAAUGUUUAACUUUUUCCCUGUGUAUUUUGUUUACUGAUUCAUAACUGCUGCAGGCAGUGUCUGUAUAUUUUGUUCCAUUAAGUGACACUUGAAAUAAACUAUUGAAGCAAUGCGCUCUUAUCAAAAGGUAAGAUAUUUAUAAAAUGUGAGGAUGACAAAUUAUUCCCCGUUUGCAGACAGGAGUGAAUAUUUUUCUGAGCACACAGUUUGUUCCCUUAUGAACUGUCUUUGGAGUAUGUGAUUGUGUCGCUUCUCAUCUUCAAAACCUCUGAACCAUUCAAAGGACUGAAACCAUCUCAUCUGCAGUUUUGUCUGUUAACAAAUAUAAACUUUUUAUUUUCCAUCAUUUAUUGUAACAUGCAAAUAAAAUGAUCCAAGUUGAACCCUU